AUGGGUCUCAACGGUGUCAUCGUGCAGAAGUACUGCGUGCAGGCACUCGCAGCCGUCGGUGCGAUCGUUCUGGCCAGAGGCGCUUUUAACUAUCUCUCAUUUGCGUACUUCUAUCUCCUGCGGCCCUCGUCCUUGGCGAAGUACUUCCAUGGCGCGCCAGCGUACGCCCUGGUUACCGGUGCAUCGGACGGCAUUGGGAAGGCUGUCGCCAGAGAGCUUUACGACAAGGGCUUCAAUGUGAUCCUGCAUGGUCGCAGCGAGGAGAAGACACGUCAGGUGGCAGACGAGAUACGCGAACGCAGGGCCGGUGAUGUGCGAUACUUCAUCGCCGAUGCCUCCGAGCCCAAGCAGGACUUUGAGGCCAUGCUCAAGUCGUACAAAGACUGCAAUAUCACUCUAGUCGUGCACAACGUCGGCGGAUCGCGCAUUCACGAGAGAGUGGACAGUAUGUCCGAGUCGUCGGUGAUCUCGACAAUCCACCUGAACGCCAUCUUCCCUCUCCUGCUUACGCGCGCAUUACUGCCUCGCCUACGCUCCUCCGCGAAGUACGGCCCCGUGAUGGUGCAGUUCGUGGGGUCCGUCACCGCAGACAUGUCUCCAGCAGGCGUCGCGGUAUACGGCGCGUCAAAGGCGUUCAUUCGCGCAGUCACCCGCGGACUGGACAAUGACGAGCGCACUUGGGGCCAGCCCUCCGGUGUGCGCUUUUCCUACCUCUCCGUCGCCUCCGUCGUGACCAGUAGCAACCGAGGGGACGUCACGACCUCCGCGCCGUCGGCGGACCAGUUCGCCAAAGCUCUCGUUUCGAGUAUCGGGUGUGGGUACAGGUCAUACGCCCCUUGGAUGGUGCAUGCGGCCACCUUGUGGGUACUGGGCGCGGUGAGGGAGGGCGUGGUAGAUAAUAUGAUGAUAAAAGAGAUGAAGAAAGUGAGGGAGAAGCAGGAUUUCUACGAUGGAGUGGCGUCUGAGUGA